AUGAGACUCAACUUCAUUCUCGUCUUAAGCAUCGCGUCGUCUGUGACGGCCCAGGCACUGAAUGGGCCUACGAAGGUGUUCUGCAGUGACAAGAUCGAAGGAGAUGGAGGCUGCGAAGCAAAUGACCAAGAAACCUUUUGCUGCAAUGAAGUAGAGAUUUUCGAGCUCUGGGAAAAGGAGAAAACCGCCACUGUAAUCUCCAAAGACAAAGACGGGGGUUCCUUCUGUUCAACUAAAGGCAGUGCAAUCGUAGGACGCGUAAUGUGCGUCAACAAAAAAUAGAAAGCGCCGGUCGCCUUCCAGUUGCUGGAUUUGCCAGAAGAGAGAAUGAAAGCCACAAGGAGGAACAUGAAGGGGAGUGGGAAGAUGGAAUUGGAAUGA